UUGCGUCUGAUUGGUUCACGAGCUCGCGUCGCCAGCCGCGACAUUGCUGCCAUCUCUCUCGUCGAUUAGUCGUUUUCGCGCCUAUCCUUCCUGUGUUGCUUGUUCUGUUCACGCGCGUUGAUAGUGGUGAUUGUGUAUUACACGUUUCAAAAUGGCUGGUGGUAAAGCGGGCAAAGAUUCAGGCAAAGCCAAGGCCAAAGCCGUAUCCCGAUCAGCUCGGGCAGGGUUACAGUUCCCUGUGGGAAGAAUUCACAGACAUCUCAAAAACAGGACAACUAGCCAUGGUCGAGUCGGAGCCACAGCAGCCGUGUACUCGGCGGCUAUUCUCGAAUAUCUCACAGCCGAGGUAUUGGAGUUGGCCGGUAACGCGUCGAAGGAUCUCAAAGUGAAGCGCAUCACCCCCCGGCACUUGCAGCUCGCCAUCCGAGGAGACGAGGAGCUGGACAGCCUCAUCAAGGCCACCAUCGCCGGCGGCGGUGUCAUCCCCCACAUACACAAGUCACUCAUCGGCAAGAAAGGUGGUCCCGGAGCACCGGUUUAAGUUUGAGUUUCCACAACACAAUUCACACUGCAUUUGACACCGGACUGGAUUUCAUCUUUUAUCAAGCAUCUACAGAAAUAGAAUGGUUUUAGACAGUGAUGUGAACUAUGGAGUGAUUUCUGAAAUUGUUGGUCUGGGGUCCGGACUGUAGCAUAAGGUUCUAGGGAAUAUUGUAGCAUAAGAAGAUUUGAAUAUGAUUGUAUUAGAAUUAAGUUUAACUAUCUUCCUCUUACAUGGACAUGUUAAAUUGCUAGGCCUGAGUUUUGAAAUUACUUUGAAUGCGGAUUCAUUUGAGCCUGCCUCAAAAUAAUUUUAACUUUUCAUUUGACACAGUAGCUUUUCGAUUGUUAGCUAUAAGCUAUUGCAAUAGAUACUUUGCUGCAUUUUUGUAUUAAUUUUUACUGACAUUUAUGUACCUAAUGCAUAACAUUCGUAAGUGUAAUUUGGUAUGAUUGGACUGUUAAGAGUUGUAAGAAAUGAUGUAUUUUGUUCUUUAAAAUAUAUGAGAAAGCACCGAA